GCGCCGGAGUGUUCCGCGACGAUAACGCAUAAAACCACGUGGCCGGCAAAUCGAACCUAUAAACUGAUAAAAUGACAGCAGAGGAGUUGAACUGCGAAGUAGGUCCGCCGUGCUGUCUGGUGCUGGCCGACGGAACUGUAUUCCAAGGUCGCAGCUUCGGUGCUCCUGUUGGAGUCGAUGGAGAAGUCGUAUUUCAAACGGGUAUGGUGGGGUAUCCAGAGUCCCUCACUGACCCAUCCUACCACGCUCAGUUGUUGGUUCUCACAUAUCCACUAGUGGGCAACUACGGCGUGCCGGACGAAAAAGAACAGGAUGAGCAUAGACUACCCAGAUGGUUUGAAUCUCACCGCAUAUGGGCAGCGGGUCUCGUAGUAGGGGAAGUUAGUAGUCGCGCAUGUCACUGGCGUGCACGCAGGUCACUAGGCGCUUGGUUAGCAGCACACGGUGUACCCGGCAUCUGUAACAUUGACACUCGGGCACUGACCUUCCGUCUACGUGAAGGUGUUACUUUGGGUAGGAUAAUUCAGGGUGUACCACCGUUGGGACCAAUGAGAUCAAUUUCGGAUCCUAACAAGAGGAACCUGGUCGCUGAAGUUUCUGUAAAGGAAAUAAAAGUUUUUAAUCCCAAUGGGGAUGUAACAAUAAUGGCUGUGGACUGCGGUCUUAAGUACAAUCAAAUUCGAUGCUUAGUGAAGAGGAACGCCAAAGUGAUAUUGGUGCCGUGGGAUCACAAAUUGGAUCCGAAACAGUUCGAUGGUCUCUUCAUCAGCAACGGUCCUGGUGACCCUGAAGUUUGCAAAAAAGUUGUUGAAAAUUUAAAAGCAAUUGUCAAUGAAAAAACAAUAAUAAAACCAGUAUUCGGCAUUUGUCUUGGACAUCAAUUGUUAUCAACAGCUAUCGGGUGCAAAACAUACAAAACAAGUUACGGUAACCGUGGCCUUAACCUACCCUGUACACACAAUGGUACAGGACGAUGCUUCAUGACAUCACAGAACCACGGAUUUGCGGUAGAUACCAACAGUUUGCCACAAGAUUGGAAGAUACUAUUUACCAAUGAGAAUGAUAGGACAAACGAAGGAAUCAUUCACAAAUCUUUGCCAUAUUUCAGCGUCCAGUUUCAUCCAGAACAUACUGCUGGUCCCACUGAUCUAGAAUGUCUUUUCGAUAUAUUCAUUAAUUCAGUGAAGUCUUACAAAAACAAAGAAGACUACGUAGUUGACCAAAAAAUCACUGAACUGUUGACCUUUACGCCAAAAUUGCCAGAAAGGCCAAAAAAAGUGUUGAUUCUUGGCUCUGGGGGCCUUUCUAUUGGCCAGGCGGGAGAAUUCGAUUACUCGGGUUCUCAGGGUGUAAAAGCUCUGCAAGAGGAGAAAAUUCAAACUGUUCUUAUAAAUCCUAAUAUUGCCACAGUGCAGACAUCAAAAGGUUUAGCCGACAAAGUCUAUUUCUUACCCAUAACCCCGGAAUAUGUGGAACAAGUUAUUAAAGCUGAAAGACCUACAGGUGUUUUACUCACUUUUGGUGGACAAACUGCCUUAAAUUGCGGCGUGGAACUGGAAAAGUCAAAAGUGUUUCAAAAAUAUAAUGUGAAUGUCUUAGGAACACCUAUUCAGUCUAUAGUAGAUACAGAAGACAGAAAAAUAUUUGCUGAAAAAAUUAACGCUAUUGGGGAAAAAGUAGCUCCUAGUGCAGCGGUGUCUACAGUUGAAGAAGCGCUUACUGCAGCAAAACAAAUUGGAUAUCCGGUGAUGGCACGUUCUGCCUUUUCUCUUGGAGGUUUAGGAUCAGGCUUCGCAAACAAUGAAGAAGAGUUGAAGGCGCUCGCUCACCAAGCUUUGUCACACUCAGAACAACUUAUUAUUGACAAAUCUUUAAAAGGUUGGAAAGAAGUAGAGUAUGAAGUUGUUAGAGAUGCUUUUGAUAACUGUAUCACGGUAUGUAACAUGGAAAACGUGGAUCCACUCGGAAUUCAUACGGGAGAAUCAAUUGUUGUAGCUCCAAGCCAAACGUUGUCUAAUCGAGAAUAUUACAUGCUUCGUAACACAGCUAUUAAAGUUAUUAGGCACUUUGGAAUUGUUGGUGAGUGCAAUAUACAGUAUGCCCUUAAUCCCAAUUCAGAAGAAUUUUAUAUCAUAGAAGUGAAUGCAAGAUUGUCAAGAAGUUCCGCUUUAGCUAGUAAAGCUACCGGAUACCCUCUAGCGUAUGUUGCAGCUAAACUAGCUCUUGGUGUCCCAUUACCCGAAAUCAAGAACUCAGUGACCGGAGUUACUACAGCAUGUUUCGAGCCAAGUUUGGAUUACUGCGUUGUUAAAAUUCCAAGAUGGGAUUUAGCAAAAUUCAACCGAGUAAGCACCAAAAUUGGUAGCUCAAUGAAAAGCGUAGGUGAAGUUAUGUCGAUCGGCAGGAGUUUUGAGGAAGCAUUCCAAAAGGCUCUGCGAAUGGUUGAUGAAAAUGUUACUGGCUUCGAUCCUAACAUUGAAAAGGUUAAUGAAAAUGAGCUCAGAGAACCAACUGAUAAACGUAUGUUUGUUUUGGCAGCUGCUCUAAAACAAGGCUACUCCAUAAACAAACUUUACGAAUUAACUAAAAUUGACAAAUGGUUUCUUGUUAAACUAAAAAACAUUAUUGAUUACUAUAAGGUACUUGAGGCUGUGAAUCCUGGAUUAAUUACUUUCGAUAUAAUAAAGAAAGCGAAACAAAUUGGAUUUUCUGACAAACAAAUUGCCAGUGCUAUAAAAAGUACUGAACUGGCUGUUCGUAAACAGAGGGAAGAAUUUAAAAUUACCCCAGUUGUAAAGCAAAUUGAUACAGUUGCAGCCGAAUGGCCCGCUUCGACCAAUUACCUGUACCUAACAUAUAACGGGAUUACACAUGACAUAAACUUCCCGGGUGAUUUUACUAUGGUAUUAGGCUCAGGUGUAUAUAGAAUCGGAAGUUCAGUUGAAUUCGAUUGGUGUGCAGUAGGAUGCUUGAGAGAAUUGAGAAAUCAAGGCAAAAAAACCAUUAUGGUAAAUUAUAAUCCUGAAACUGUCAGUACCGAUUAUGAUAUGAGCGAUAGGUUAUACUUUGAAGAAAUUUCUUUCGAAGUCGUGAUGGACAUUUAUAAUCUUGAAAGUCCUGACGGUGUCAUAUUAUCCAUGGGAGGACAACUUCCUAAUAAUAUUGCAAUGGAUUUGCACAGGCAACAAGCAAGAAUAUUGGGUACAUCUCCCGAUAUGGUGGAUAAUGCUGAAAACCGGUUUAAAUUUUCCAGAAUGUUGGAUCGUAAAGGUAUUUUGCAACCAAGGUGGAAAGAACUUACAAAUCUUGAAUAUGCUGUUAGCUUCUGCGAAGAAGUAGGAUACCCGUGUCUUGUACGACCUUCAUAUGUUUUGAGCGGAGCUGCCAUGAAUGUCGCUUACUCAAAUCAAGAACUUGAAACAUAUUUAAAAUCAGCAAGUCUAGUGAGUAAAGAACAUCCAGUGGUUAUAUCAAAAUUUAUUAUGGAUGCAAAGGAAAUUGAUGUAGACGUAGUUGCUGCCGAUGGAGUCAUUCUAUGUAUGGCUGUGUCGGAGCAUGUUGAAAAUGCUGGCGUUCACUCUGGUGAUGCCACCUUGGUUACACCACCACAAGAUAUUAACAAUGAAACCUUGGAUAAAAUAAAAGAAAUAGCUCGAAUCAUUGCCGAGACGCUUGACGUUACUGGACCAUUCAACAUGCAAUUAAUAGCUAAAGAUAAUGAGCUGAAGGUAAUCGAAUGUAACGUCAGAGUAUCUCGAUCGUUCCCAUUUGUAUCUAAAACACUUGAUCACGAUUUUGUAGCAAUGGCAACUAAGGUAAUUAUGGGUAUACCUGUUGAACCUAUAGAUGUUAUGACUGGUUGCGGAAAAGUGGGCGUGAAAGUGCCACAGUUCUCGUUCUCCAGAUUAGCCGGUGCUGAUGUUACAUUGGGAGUAGAAAUGGCAUCUACCGGAGAAGUGGCAUGUUUUGGAGAAAAUCGAUAUGAAGCGUAUCUGAAAUCAUUAAUGAGUACAGGUUUCAGAAUACCGAAGAAGGCGAUACUGCUCUCUGUCGGUACUUUUAAGCACAAAAUGGAAUUAUUGCCGAGUGUAAGAGUUUUACACAAAAUGGGAUACAAAUUAUACGCCAGUAUGGGUACAGGAGAUUUCUACACAGAACACGGUGUUGAGGUUGAAAGUGUCCAAUGGACUUUUGAUCAUAUCGGAGAUCCAGAAGAUGAUAGAUCAGAUGGAGAACUAAUGCACUUAGCGGAUUUCAUGGCUCGUCGCCAGCUUGAUCUCGUCAUAAACCUACCGAUGCGGGGAGGAGCUCGACGAGUCUCUUCUUUCACAACGCAUGGUUACCGUACGCGUCGUUUGGCCGUCGACUAUGCUGUUCCUUUAGUAACAGAUGUUAAAUGUGCCAAACUUUUGGUAAAGGCUAUGCUUCAAUGUGGUGGAGUACCUCCCAUGAAAACACAUACGGACUGCAUGACUUCUCGCAACAUCAUAAAGUUACCUGGAUUCAUUGACGUGCAUGUUCACGUUCGAGAACCCGGAGCAACAUACAAAGAAGAUUUUGCCUCAUGUACUGCUGCCGCACUCGCUGGUGGCAUAACGAUGAUCUGUGCAAUGCCGAAUACAAAUCCUCCGGUGGUAGAUCGAACUGCGUACGAUUAUGUAUCAACACUAGCACGAGUAAGCGCUCGAUGCGAUUAUAGUCUAUAUAUGGGAGCAUCUUCAACAAAUUUUGACACCGUAUCUGAAGUAGCAGCUCAAGCUGCAGCAUUGAAAAUGUAUCUUAACGAAACAUUCACCACCUUAAAAUUAGAUGACAUGACAGUGUGGCAGAAACAUCUUCAAAAUUGGCCUAAGAAAAUGCCUGUUUGUGCACACGCUGAGCGUGAAAAGACUGGUGCCGUCAUUCUGAUGGCUUCGUUGUUGGAUCGACCUGUUCAUAUUUGUCACGUCGCAAGAAAGGAAGAAAUUUUGAUUAUCAAAGCCGCGAAAGAACGUGGUCUAAAAGUUACCUGUGAAGUAUGUCCUCAACAUUUGUUUUUAAGUACGGAUGAUAUUGAUAGGAUUGGAAAAGGUCGAGCUGAGGUGCGUCCAGUUCUUUGUAGUCCUGAAGAUCAAGCUGAGCUUUGGAAAAAUAUGGAUGUCAUUGAUGUGUUUGCCACAGACCACGCCCCACAUUCAGUUGAAGAAAAAGAUUCUGAAAGACCACCGCCUGGCUUCCCAGGACUUGAAACAAUAUUGCCAUUGUUGCUGAACGCUGUACAUGAAGGACGCCUAACUAUGGAAGAUCUUAUCAACAAAUUUCAUAGAAAUCCUCGUAGAAUUUUCAACUUGCCUGAGCAACCUAAUACUUAUGUAGAAGUGGAUAUGGAUUAUGAGUGGACAAUUCCGACAUCAAUGGAAUUCACGAAAUCAAAAUGGACUCCGUUUGCAGGAAUGACCAUUUGUGGUGCAGUCCACCGUGUGACGCUACGAGGUGAAAUAGCUUACGUAGAAGGACAAGUUUUGGUACCUCCUGGAUUCGGUCAGAAUGUUCGCGAUUGGCCAAUCCCUAAGAAACAAACAUUCCUGACAUAUCGUAUUGAAAAAACUGAAAAAGAAUCUAGCCGCCCUAGCUCAGCAUUAGAUUUGCACUCAUCUGGAGAGCUACGGCUCAGUGACUUGGAUCUCAGAGAAUUGGAUCAUAUUGAGUCGAAACCUGAAGGACAAGCAAAAUUGAAUGUCCACUUUAAUGAAGCAGCUGGAAUGAGAAGCAUUUCUCCAUUACCACAACCAGGUGUAAGACAAAGAUGUGACAGCUCAUCCUACUAUACUCAACCACAAAUAACUACUCAGCGUCAGCGUAGCGAUUUAUUCGGUAAAAGCAUUUUAACCGUCGACUCUUUUAAUAAAGAAACUUUAAACGACAUAUUUAACCUCGCGCAAUUCAUGAAGACAAGUGUAAGCAAAGGUCGUCUUUUAGAUGAUAUAAUGAGAGGAAAACUCAUGGCUUCGAUAUUUUAUGAAGUUAGUACGCGUACAAGUUGUAGUUUUGCAGCUGCUAUGCAGAGACUUGGCGGAUCGGUGAUCCAUACAGAUGCUACCAGCUCGUCUGCUAAAAAGGGUGAGACUUUGGAAGACAGCGUUGCUGUAUUGGCCACUUAUGCUGACGUCGUAGUAUUGCGUCAUCCAGAACCGGGUGCAGUUGCCCGAGCGUCCCGUCAUUGCCGUAAACCAGUAUUAAAUGCUGGAGAUGGUAUUGGAGAACACCCUACUCAAGCUUUAUUAGAUGUGUUUACAAUUCGUGAAGAAAUCGGUACUGUCAACGGCCUGACCAUAACUAUGGUUGGAGAUCUGAAGAAUGGUCGUACAGUGCACUCUUUGGCUCGCCUUCUCACAUUAUACCAAGUACAAUUACAGUAUGUAAGCCCACCAGGUCUCGGAAUGCCGAAGCACAUUAUGGAAUACGUUGCUAGCAGAGGCAUAUCCCAAAAAAUAUUUGAUCGAUUAGAAGAUGUACUCGCCGAUACUCACGUUCUCUAUAUGACAAGAAUACAGCGGGAAAGAUUUGACAGUCAAGAACAGUAUGAACAGUCACGAGGAUUGCUGGUAGUGACACCACAACUCAUGACGCGAGCCCGACGUCGUAUGGUGGUAAUGCAUCCAUUACCUAGGGUUGACGAGAUUUCAGCUGACUUCGACUCAGACCCUCGUGCCGCUUAUUUUAGACAAGCGGAAUACGGAAUGUAUGUACGAAUGGCCUUACUUGCCAUGGUUGCUGGCGUCAACCCUCUAGUGUGAUAAAAGCUUUCUCUAAUGAGUUUUUGGAUAAAUUAUUUGUAAAACAUA